AUGGCGCAUUUCAAUUGUAAACCAUGAUUAACCAAAAACCAAUAACAUAACACAAAUACAACAUACUUUCAGAAUCAAUAUUCUAUAUAGUUUGUUUGUUUUAAAUUUGGGUAUUAAGAGCAACGACUUUGCAACUAUUACACUGGGCAUGUUUCAUGUGAUUGUAUAAUGUGCUGCGUACCUUGAUAAAUUUCCAUCUCUCUAUAAAUUGAAGAGUGUGAUGUGCAUCAUCGAUACACAAACAUCUUCAUAUCUCCUCUAAUCUUAUCACCAACAAGUACAAUAACAAAAAUGGAUACAAGGCUCAUCGACACCUUACCUUCCUUGAGCUAUAUUGAUGAUAAGAAGUGUGAUGAUGAAUAUGCGUUUGUGAAAGCUCUACGUAUGAGUGGUGGAGAUGGAGCCAACAGUUACUCCGCCAAUUCUCGUCUUCAGAGAAGAGUUUUAUCGAUGGCCCAACCAGUCUUGGUAAAAAACACAAAAGAAAUGAUGAUGAACUUAGACUUUCCUACGUACAUCAAAGUUGCUGAAUUGGGUUGUUCUUCGGGACAAAACACGUUUGUGGCUAUCUCUGAGAUCAUCAACACCAUUAAUUUGUUGUGCCAACAUGUGAACAAAAACCCACCAGAAAUCGACUGUUGUCUCAACGAUCUCCCGGAAAACGAUUUCAACACGACCUUCAAGUUCGUACCUUUUUUCAACAAGGAGAUGACAAACAAAGCACCAUGUUUCAUCUAUGGAGCUCCAGGUUCCUUCUAUUCAAGGCUCUUCUCUCGCAACAGCCUCCAUUUUGUACAUUCCUCUUACGCUCUCCAUUUUCUAUCUAAGGUUCCUGAGAAACUCGAGAAUAAUGAGGGGAAUGUGUACAUAACAAACUCGAGUCCAAAGAGUGUAUACAAGGCUUACUUGAAUCAAUUCCAAAAUGAUUUCACGCUGUUUCUAAGGUUACGUUCUGAAGAAAUUGUCUCUAAUGGACAUAUGGUUCUCACCUUCAUCGGAAGAAAUACUCUUAAUGAUCCAUUAUAUAGAGAUUGUUGUCACUUUUGGACAUUGCUAUCAAAAUCUCUCCGCGACCUAGUCUUCGAGGGGCUUGUCAGUAAAUCAAAGCUGGAUACGUUCAACAUGCCGUUUUAUGAUCCGAACGUACAUGAACUCAAAGAAGUAAUAAGAAACGAGGGCUCUUUUGAAAUCAAUGAAUUGGAGGCACAUAGAUUCGAUCUUGGUCAUAGUAACUGCGACUAUUACGAAGAAGAUGGGUACGAAGCAGGACGCAAUGAAGCCAAUUGUAUAAGAGUGGUUACUGAACCAAUGCUCGCUGCACAUUUUGGAGAAGACAUCAUCGAUACCUUGUUUGAUAAGUAUGCACACCAUGUGACUCAACAUGCCAACUGCAGGAACAAAACGUCUGUCAGUCAUGUCCUUUCGUUGAUUAAGAAAUAAUCAACUUCUGUGAUGUAAUUCUCUUGUUUGUUUAUACUGUUUUUUAUUUGUUUCCUUCAAUAAAUUCCAAGACCUGCCACUCAAUGUAACGAUGUGAUGCUAGUCUUCUUGGAAAACAGAGUGUGAUUGUAAAUUUGUACUAUCUUCUUCUGAUUGUAAUUUGUAAAUUCGAUUUUCAGAUCUGUUGUUUAUAA